AUGUUCGAGGGGUUCUCCUUCCCUGCCCCUCCGUCGCCGCCGCUGCUCGUACAGCCAAAUUCUUCCCUCGCCGGCCAUCACGACCUCGAUAGCCUCCAGUUCCAGUGCGACAGCAACCUGGUCUCCCCGCUGUCCUCACGGUGUCCCUCUCCCCGGCUCCCUUCGCCCUUGAACUCGCGGGAUUUUCCUCGUCUUAACCGCCGGUCGAGACAGUACCAUCACUACCACCAUCACCACCUGGGUCCGGCGCCCACCUCGAUCCCUGCAGACUACUCUCCAGACCGUGGCCAGCGGUUCUCCAUCGGCACGCUGACGAAGCAGUUGCAUGCUCACUCGCUCGAGACGGGCGGCAGCCACGAUAUCAGCAGCGACAGCGACGACGGACGCUGGCUCCCAAUAACCCCUCCGAGAUAUUCGACGGAUGCAGAAUACCAGAACUUCGCCGUCCUCUCAUCACAGCAGCAGCAGCAGCAGACGCCGUCACAGUCACUGCAAUCCUCCCAGCCGCCACACAUGGUCGGCGUCGAGGGCCUUGUCCACGGCUCGUCAGCAUACUACUCUGUCCUCGACUCUGCCUCCCCACCACCUAGCCCCAAGGACCCUCAUGCUCGCAGGUUCUCCCUCCCAGACGAUCAUAAGAAGUUAAAUCUGCCCCUCCGGAAUAAAUCGCCCAACGAGAUAUUCUACUCCACGCCCCACAGCCGAUCAAGCAUCGUCAACACUGUCGUAGACGAUACCGAUUCCGCUAUCACCACGGCCGCCGCCGCAGCAGCAGCAGAGGAGGGCGAGAGAUCCAGCGAUGUCCGGUAUCAGCGUGAGAAAUUUUCGAUGCUGCAGUGCGCCUCCUCCUCGAUAGCGGACACCGUCCGUCUCGCCAUCUUACUGGACGGAGACAUCGACCAUUCACGAGACUUGUCAUCAUAUGGCAGCACAGGCGGCGAGGCCUGUGACUCGGGCUAUCUGAGCGACGAUCAGCAUCCUAGUUCCCUCCCACCCUCUCGAACACCUUCUAGAAAAAGGCUAAUAAAGCCUAAACCCCAUACUCACAGUCCAACCAACGGCUACGUGACAUCGAGUCGCUUCUCCGGCACUGGAGGCAAGGGAAAAGUCGAGAAGUCACACCAUAACCAUCAUCACCACCACCACCACAACCAUCAUAACGGUACCGGCACCUCGACUCUCAACUCCAAUAGAAAAUUCGGCAAGUCUCAGUAUGGCCUUCGGCGGAAGAGUUUGCUCCUCGCUGCCGUUACCGCAGUACUAGAGCAGGAGGUGGCUGAGAUGAAUCAGAUGAAGGAUUGA